AGCAUAAUCUCUGUUCUGUCACUAUAACUAGUAUUACUUGUAGUUCGAUCCUCUAAGAACCAUGACCUUGUGGUGACAGAGCGAGAGGUCCUCUGACUAGAAUGUUCAACUAAGUUUCAUUUAUCUUGAGCUGGGGUGCUCUGAAACCACCAGUACCUACUGGCAGUAGCUUGAAGAAGGUUCUCAAUACCGACUUCGCUAGGCAGACAUUCAUUGUUGUCCUGGUAGAGAAGAGUUCAGAAGUGUUUCGCUGGUACAGUAGUGAAAUAUUUCCCGCCGCCGCGGAGAGGAGCGCACCUAAACCAUUGUCAACUGUAGGCUAAAGGCAGUAAAGCAGGGGCACUGCGUUGCAGGUCGCCCGUAUCUUUGUGGCCGCACUAGCCCCCAGGCUUCUUCCUCCCACUGUUCAGAUCGGUCGUUAGACGUUACUCGUUAGUGUGUGCAAGUUCGGACUCUGCGCACUGCUUCGUCAGCCAGGUCAAGAAAUAAUUGCUACCCUACUUCCCACGCCAAUGACAAUGCGAAGGGACAUCAGUACUAGUAGGAGUUCAGGGUUCCAGAAUCACUCCGGAAAAGCCUGCAGUGGCAGACAGUUGCCGUCAAGUCUGUCCAUGAACCCACGUGUAUUGGUCUUUGCCAGCAUUGUCUUGCCAAGGGCAAAGAGCUCCCAAUUUUUGUUGAUUCUUGUACUGUCGCUUGCUCUGAGUGCAUCAAGCAAGGAAGAUGUAUCCGACAUGCCUCCGCCGUCCGCAAACACCAGAAUCUCAGUAGCAAGUGAAGCCGUUGAAAUGUCUCAUGCAUCAACUAACGAUAGCCGCGUGAGUACAACUGAACUGGACACAUCACCAUCAUCAGCCGUACAAGCACCAGGUAAAGUCACCACUGCACCAAACACUACACAUGCAGCAUCAGUCAAAAUUCCCAGCGCCCCUGACCCCGGCAAUUUGUCGUCCUCAUCAUCAACGGUGACAACACCAGUGAGACCCCCAGCUGCUUCAAUCACUGCACGUGCAUCAGCUGCUGGAGGCACAUCCACGGCCAUGGAGACGCUCACGAACAUUCUCUCGGAAACUAGUGUAGCCGUUGGUAUGUACAGUGAACCAACUAACGAUACCAGCAUGGUUGAGCAAGACAAAUCGACGUCAUCAUCAUCAGCAGCAGCAGUAGCAGCAUCCAGAGUCACUACAACUUCCAACAUUACAAAUGCAUCAAUUAACCUUGCAGGUACAACGGAUGGAGACACCUUGGCUUCAGCGGCGCACGCUACUGCCAAAAAACUCACGACUGCAUCCAUCCCUACAAAUAAAUCAGCCGUUGAAGAUUCUAUGACCAUGCCCGCGUCAUCCGUCACUACUCGUAGUAGCUCGGAAACUAGUGCAGCUACCGGUACCAGAACAGUGACAGUGGAUACAUCAGCAUCACCACCAGCAGCAGCAGUGCAAACAUUGGAUACGAGAUCAACAUCACCAGCAGCAGCAGCAGAAGUGCAAACAACAGCCAAAGUCACCCCUCCACCCGUCACAACACCUGCCCUUCCGUUCUGUUCAGAGUUCCUGCCAAAGGAUAGACUGUGCAAGAAGUGCUCCACCAUAACAUGUCCAUAUGAGAGUGGUUUGGGUCAAGAAAAGAAAAGAUACUGCACUGAAGAUACUGAUACAACAUGCGAUAAGUGUGGAGAAGGAAGAUACUGGUGGGGAGUUCUUGGAAUGUGCCUCCGAUGCCACUCCUGUCCUGAUGGCACGGUUAUCGUGAAGGCAUGUAAGCUUUACAACCCGAAACCGGCAUGUGCUCCAGUGCAACAGAGCCGCACCCAGCCCCCUGCGAGUGUGAUUCCAGCUACCGUCACCCCAACCAGACUCACUACUGCUCCGACUACUACAACUACUCCGGACGGACUCAGUACGAGUACCACUCCGGUCAUUGCAAGCGCAUCAAUUCAUCUUCCCACUACCAAUGAAGUGGACACUUCUGCAUCAGCACAGCCAGCAACAACCAAACUCAUGACAGCAGCCAACACUACAAAUACAUCAGCAACAACAGCAGCAGAAACCUCCACACUCAUGACAUCCACCUCAACGAACUCUACCGGUGCCAGAACAGUGACAGUGGACACAUCAGCAUCACCACCAGCAGCAGCAAUGCAAACAUUGGAUACGAGAUCAACAUCACCAGCAGCAGCAGAAGUGAAAACAACAGCCAAAGUCACCCCUCCACCCGUCACAACACCUGCCCUUCCGUUCUGUUCAGAGUUCCUGCCAAAGGAUAGACCAUGCAAGAAGUGCUCCACCAUAACAUGUCCACAUGAGAGUGGUUUGGGUCAAGAAAAGAAAAGAUACUGCACUGAAGAUACUGACACAACAUGCGAUAAGUGUGGAGAAGGAAGAUUCUUUUUCUUACCCAUUGAAGCGUGCGACACAUGCUACAGAUGUCCUGCUGGCAAGGUGGCUGUGAAGGCAUGUACACUGACAAACCCGAGACCAGUGUGUGCACCAGCAACACGGGGCACUGCCCAGCCCGCCGCGAUCAGCACCACACAUACCCCGCCUGCAGAGACAUCACCACCUCCGCCAGCGCCAGCAAUGACCCCUCAAACCCCACCAGUGGCAUCACGAGCACAAGCAGCGGUCGCGAAUGGCUCAGACGCCGAAGCAACAACUUCACCAGCCAAUGACACACAGCCCACUGGUGGUAACACUACCAGGGCAUCUCAACCUGCUUCCGUGCCCACGUCUACUGCUAACAUGGCUAUCAACUCACCGACAAAAUCGAGCAAACAGCAGCCAACACCGACAAAACCAAACGUGCAUGACAAGGGCCCAAAGCAUCGAACCGUGACGACCACUGUCAUCAUAGCCUCUGUUGUGCCGCUGCUUUCCAUCACACUGGGAAUUGGUGUGUGUGUGUGAAAUUUCUUCUCGGGCACGAUAGAAUCAUGCAAUACAAACAGGAGCAACGGCAGCGGCAGCAGGAGCGAUUGGACCAUACAAGUUCAGCACAACCUGCACAGAUUGUCGCCACACAGGGACCAUCACAGACAAGGGCGUAUAGCCAUGUUCUGGGUGGUCGCUAGACCAGCUUGACACAGCAUGUGUUCAUGGAGUGAGAGUUCUGUACAUGUGCCUGUAAUCCGGCUUUUGUUAAACUGCACAAGGCACAGUCCAAACCAACGGAGCCCUGGCAGGAGCAGCGAGGCUUUCCACUACAAUACCUCCGACCUAGUUCUGACCUAGCUACAGAAACCUGGCAGGAGCAGUGAGACUCUCCGAUACAACACCUCCGACCUCUGAGCUACAACCGACAUGCUCUCCGUGCCUUCGCUCGCCGGACUCCACUUGCAUCUACGUCGGUUGAGUUCCAAGUACUUGUAGAUAGCCGAUGAUUGUCAAGAGUACCAGCACCUCCUGGCAUUGUCCAUAUCAGCAUGGUCCACCCCCCCCCCCCCCUCCUGCUAUGAUGUCAACUAUGGAGCGCACGCUAUUGUCAGUAUUUCCUAGGCCUCCUUGGCCAAGAUCAUUAGAUGCGGUGACAAACCCGAUGUUCGUUUUCAACUUGUCAUCACCACUAACUACGCUACACUACUGUCUACAGCUAUAUCACCAGUAGAUUAUCACACAGUCCACUUAAAGAACUCUUCCUCUCCUCUCCUCCAUGCGCUCUCACAGCCGACUCACUGCUACCCUCGGUAGCCAUUACACACACCAACAGCCAUACAAGGAAGGGAGAAAGAAAGAAAGGAAGAGUUGUUUACAUAUUGUUGGCCGAAUAGUACCGUUCACCAUUUGAAAUCACAGUCCACUUAGAUGGUUUUUAUAUCAAACAGUCCAAAGAGAUCAUUCUAGUUCUAAAUUUUCUGUCAAAUUUAUAGGAAAUUCAUGCAUGUACCGAAUAGCAGUGUCAAUUAUCUGAAUUUAUCUCCAGAGCCACUGGGUUUGUACUUUUCACAUGCCACAUUGCAUAUCUUCUUCCCUGACUUGCCAGUAUGCAUCUACACAAUGUGGUGUUGCAUCUUUUAAAAUUUAUUAAUUUUGAGCUUUUCUUUUCUUUUUCAAUUCCGUAUAAAUAAUUUCUAUAGGCAGCAUGACACCUGGCACCAGGCUAUGCUAAUUGCUUAGCAGGUGUGUUUGUUCUGGUGAUCACACCGCUCCUUCAGUGUA